AUGUGCAACACAGUCACGAUACACUACUCUUGCAACCACUUUGCUCAAUUCCACCGCUCGACCUGCCGCAGCACCAUCUGGGUCACAAGGACAUGCAGCAAGACCAAGAACAGUUCUAGAAGCAGACUCGACAACAAAGACAGCGAUGCCGAAACACCAGACAGAGGCAGAACACUGGAACGAAGACCCAGCAAGACAAGCCCAUCUCCAUCUCCAUCACCGUCAAGCAGCCAAAGUCGAUCCCAUUCGCCAGCACCAAAGCUCGUCACCAAGGCAGCCUGCAAGAGCCUGUCAGUCAUUGUUCUCCGCACCCAACAACGAUGCGGUCCUUGCCAGCGCACCUUCAAACGAGGGUUCCUCCAAAUCAGAAGAGCACGACAGGAUUUGCCAGCGCGCAAGAAGCGAAAGCAUCUCAAGAGGGGCAGACCAAUCUCUGGAGGCAGUCCGCUCAAACACGAACUUACGGUAGAGGAUUUGUUGAGAGCAGAAGACGAGAUUGCGACUGAUUUGGACUGUGCGGGAACGAUGAACUCGACUACGCAGACCGUCAACGGCAUCGCACGACUACUCCAUCUCGAGCCCGCACGCUUCUGGAGAUGCUGGAGACGCUUCGAUGGUGUCGGACGUCGCUACGUGGACUUGAUCAAAGGUUGA